AUGAGCGAAAACGCAGCAAAGCGGUUACAGACCGACAACGGUGUGGUCGCCAUCGGCACACACAACGGUCACUUCCACGCCGACGAGGCGCUAGCUGUCUACAUGCUGCGUACCCACGUACCGACCUACUCAGGCGCCAAGCUUGUUCGGACGCGCGACCCUAAACUGCUGGAGGAAUGCCACACGGUCGUCGACGUCGGCGGCGAGUACGACGCCGCGCGCAACCGCUUCGACCACCACCAGCGCACCUUCAGCACCACCUUCCCCGACCGCCAGACCAAGCUGAGCAGCGCGGGGCUGGUGUACAUGCACUUCGGGCGUGAGAUCAUCGCCCGGCGCCUGGCGCAGGCCGAGGACAGCGAGCAAGUGGGCAUGCUGUGGCGCAAGAUCUACGAGAGCUUCGUCGAGGCGCUGGACGCGCACGACAACGGCAUCAGCGUCUACGACUCGGCCGCGCUCGCGGCCGCUGGUCUGGAAAAGAAGUUUUCCAACGGCGGCUUCACCCUGGGUGCCAUGGUCGGCCGGCUGAACCCCAACUGGAACGACCCCACCCCCGCCGACCCCGCCGAGGCGCAGGCGGCCGAGGACAAGCGGUUCGAGCUAGCUAGCCAGCGCAUCGGCGAGGAGUUCGACCGCGACCUCGACUACUUCACCAAGGCCUGGCUGCCCGCGCGGGAAGUGGUUGCUGAGGCGUUCAAUGGACGGCAGGAGUUUGACAGCCAGGGCCGUAUCAUGGUGCUGCAGGGCCAGUCGGCGCCGUGGAAAGACCACCUCUACACCUUGGAGGAGCAGCACCCCGAGGGCGGCAAGGUGCUCUAUGUGCUAUACAAGGAGAAGCCUGUCCCGGAUUCCAAGUGGAGGAUCCAGUGUGUGCCAAGCACCAAAGAUUCGUUUGAGAGCAGGAAACCACUGCCUGAGGCGUGGAGGGGUUUCCGCGAUGAGGAGCUGGAUGGGAUAUCCGGAAUCAGCGGCUCCGUUUUUGUACACGCUGCGGGAUUCAUCGGAGGCAACAAGACCUUUGAGGGUGCCCUUGCCAUGGCACAGAAGGCUCUCGAAAUCUGA